AUGGCAGAAAAUUUGUCACGUAAACAAAUAGCAAAAUUCAAAGAGGCUUUCUCCUUGUUCGACAAAAAGAGGGAGGGCAAAAUACUAAUCAAAGAUGUAGGCACAUUAAUCAGAUCAUUAGGGUACAACCCCACUCAGAAAGAAAUCGAAGAGAUAAUCGCCGAUAAUGGUAAAGAAGACAUGAUCGACUUUGGCCAAUUCCUGGACAUAAUGGCGACCAAAUGCCCAACUAUGGACAACGCGGAAGAGAUCGCCGAAGCCUUUAGAGUCUUCGAUAAGCACCACACAGGCUUCAUCAAGGCCUCAGAACUGAGGGACAUCAUGUUGAAUUUAGGUGAGAAGCUGACUCAGGAGGAAGUUAAUGAAAUGAUCAGGGAGGCUGACAUCAAUGGGGACGGCCAGAUUAAUUACGAAGAGUUUAUUAACAUCAUGAUGAAUUAAACCAUUGUAUUGUAUUAUAUUGUAAAUUACAUUAAUUAGUUGGCUUA